AGAAAUCAUAUACUUCCGUAUAUGCUUUAGGGCAAUAUAUAUCUAUGUCUGCCCACAAAGCACGGAGAGUUAUUGAUCAGAUCCGUGGACGUUCCUACGAAGAAGCACUUAUGAUAUUAGAACUUAUGCCGUAUCGAGGAUGUUAUCCCAUUUUUAAAUUAGUUUAUUCUGCAGCAGCAAAUGCUAGUCAUAAUAAGGGUUUCAAAGAAACCAAUUUAGUCAUUAGUAAAGCUGAAGUGAAUCAAGGAAAUACGGUGAAAAAAUUAAAACCUCGGGCACGAGGACGGAGUUACCCAAUAAAAAGAUCCACUUGUCAUAUAACUAUCGUAUUGGAAGAUAUAUCCUUAUAUCAACAAUAUGAAGAAUAUUUAAUGUAUUUAAAAAAACCUGGAUGCAGCAAUGAAAACAUAAAUCUAACAUGUUACGAUACAUAUAGUAGUGGAGGCCCAUGGGACAAAAAAUAAAUCCACUUGGUUUCAGACUUGGUACAACCCAAAGUCAUCAUUCUAUUUGGUUUGCACAACCAAAAAAGUAUUCUGAAGGUUUAGAAGAAGAUAAAAAAAUACGAGACUGUAUUAAAAAUUAUGUCCAAAAAAAUAUAAGAAUAUCCUCUGGUAUGGAGGGAAUUGCACGUAUCGAAAUUCAAAAAAGAAUCGAUCUCAUUCAGAUCAUAAUCUAUAUGGGAUUUCCUAAAUUAUUAAUUGAAGAUAAACCCCGAAGAAUCGAAGAAUUACAGAUGAAUGUUCAAAAAGAACUUAAUUGUGUCAAUAGAAAACUCAACAUUGCUAUUACCCGAAUUUCCAAUCCGUAUGGGCAUCCUAAUAUUCUUGCAGAAUUUAUAGCUGGCCAAUUAAAAAAUCGCGUUUCUUUUCGAAAAGCAAUGAAAAAAGCUAUUGAAUUAACUGAACAGGCGAAUACAAAAGGAAUUCAAGUACAAAUUGCAGGACGUAUCGACGGAAAAGAAAUUGCACGUGUUGAAUGGAUCAGAGAAGGCAGAGUUCCUUUACAAACAAUUGAAGCUAAAAUUGAUUAUUGUUCCUAUACAGUUCGAACUAUUUAUGGGGUUUUAGGAAUAAAAAUUUGGAUAUUCGUAGACGAAGAAUAAAAAAACUUUAUUUGUCUUUACAUUUUAUCCAAUGAUAAAAAACGAAAACUAUGUAGUAUAACACUAUAAAGAAAUAAAAAUAAAAACUUGUAGUCUUCUUUUUUAUGUUUAAGAAAAAAAAAUAAGCAAUUCUAUAAGGUUGAAUAAACAUUUCCAUCAAAACUCCUUUGAUAUAAUUGCUAUGCUUAGUGUGUGACUCGUUGGUUUAGGGUUAGAUUACGAUAAAAAAAAAAAAGAACUUACCAACUAAUAACUACAGCAUUAAUAAAUAACCUAAGCAACUCAUUGCUUCGCAUUAUCUGGAUCCAAAAAAUUAGUCAAGAUAUGAUAGGCUGAUCAUAUCAUUGGAGCAACUGACUAAAAAAAAAGAAUAAAGAAAGAUGAUUAUUAAGUUAUGAAAGGUAAUCAAAAAGUAUGCGGAUAAAUGGAAGGAUGAAAGAAAGAGCGAAAAAAUUGAAUAUUAAUGAUAUAUGAUUCCAAUUUGGAAAAUCUAUGAGGUCACUGUAAGAAAAGCAAUGUAAUAAAGCAUCAAUACAGAUUCAUUCAUAAUAAUUAGAUAAAUAAUAAUAAUUAGAUAAAUCUGUUCCGAAAACAAAAAAUUAAGAGCCUUGAGACAAUCAAAACUGAGAAAAUUGCCUCAAAAAAAAAAGAAAUUCAAAAUUUCAUGUAAAAGCUCCAUUGUAGAAUUCAGGCCUAAUGAUUAAUCAAGAAGCGAUGGGAACGACGGAACCCAUGAAUAUAUAGGAUUCUAGUGAACAAGAAAUCUUAGUAAUUCAUUGGACAGGAUGGCGGAAUAAACCAGAAACUUUAUUAUCUAUUCUGAUUUUGAUUCUGAGACCUCGGGGGAUAAACAGCAAACUUAAAUAGAUAUUGAAAGAGUAAAUAUUCGCCGGCGAAAAAUUGGUUUUUUUUUUUCAAAUAAAAACAGUAAUAAAAGAUGAAAAAAACAAUGAAAAAAAAAUAAGGAUUUGUUAUAAUAUUCUAACUCUAAUAAAAAUUACAUUUGUAAUGAUGAUAUUACGUUAUUUUUAAAUAAAUCGAAAUAAAAUUGAUCUUUGAUUCUAUUUCAAAAAAGACAUACACAAAUUUAGAAGAGAUAAGAUGAAAUAAAAAAAAAAUACCAUGAUUAAUAGGAUUAAUCAUUAACUACAUCUAUAUCUUAAUUAAUCCUUUUAUUCGCGAGGAGCUGGAUGAGAAGAAACUCUCACGUCCAGUUCUGCAGUAGAGAUGGAAUUUCUCAUUUAGAAAAAACCCAUCAACUAUAACCCAAAAAGAACCAAAUUUCGUAAACAACAUCGAGGAAGACUAAAAGGAAUAUCCUCUCGUGGGAAUCGUAUUUGUUUUGGCAGAUAUGCUCUUCAAACACUUGAACCCGCUUGGAUUACAUCUAGACAAAUAGAAGCAGGGCGACGAGCAAUGACACGAAAUAUACGACGUGGUGGAAAAAUUUGGGUACGUAUAUUUCCAGACAAGCCAGUUACAGUAAGACCCGCGGAAACGCGUAUGGGUUCUGGGAAAGGAUCCCCAGAGUACUGGGUAGCUGUGGUUAAACCAGGUAAAAUCCUUUAUGAAAUGGGUGGUGUACCAGAAAAUAUAGCCAGAAAAGCUAUUUCAAUCGCGGCAUCAAAAAUGCCUAUAAAAACCCAAUUCAUUAUUUCUGAAUAGGAAUAUAGAAUGAAAAAGCUAAAUAACAUUUAAGGAUAAAAAGAUUCUAAGUUUUUUUUGACAAACAAUAUUUUUUUUACUUCGUCCUUUGCACUAAAAGAAGAGAUACAAAAAUAUGAUUCAACCACAAACCUAUUUGAAUGUAGCAGACAACAGCGGGGCUCGAAAAUUGAUGUGUAUUCGAAUAAUAGGAGCUAGUAAUCGCCGCUAUGCUCAUAUUGGUGACGUUAUUGUUGCUGUAAUCAAGGAAGCAAUCCCAAAUACUACUCUAGAAAGAUCAGAAGUGGUCAGAGCUGUAAUUGUACGUACUUGUAAAGAACUCAAACGUAAGAAUGGGACGAUAAUACGAUAUGACGACAAUGCCGCAGUUGUCAUUGAUCAAGAAGGAAAUCCAAAAGGAACUCGCGUUUUUGGGGCGAUCCCACGGGAAUUGAGACAAUUAAACUUUACUAAAAUAGUUUCAUUAGCUCCUGAAGUAUUAUAAGACCUAAAUAUCGAUAGUUAAUAUAGGAUAGGAUUAAAAAAAUGGUAUUGAAAUCAAAUUAAUUAUAAUUAAUAGAUUGUGUAUCACGCAUAUACCCUUAAUAAUUUUAUAUAUUAAUAAUUGAAUUCAUAUAUUAAUAUAUAAUUCGUCUCUAUUUUUAUAUAAAUAAAAGAAAAAUAACAUGUUGAUUAUAUCAAAAUUAUAGAACAAUUAAGGAAUUUUAACUUAUCAUGGGGAAAGACACUAUUGCUGAUAUAAUAACCUCUAUACGAAAUGCUGACAUGAAUAGAAAAGGAACAGUUCGGAUAGGAUCGACUAACAUCACCGAAAGCAUUGUUAAAAUACUUUUACGAGAGGGUUUUAUCGAAAACGUAAGGAAACAUCGCGAAAACAAUCAAUAUUUUUUGAUUUUAACCCUAAGACAUAGACGAAAUAAGAAAGAAUCCUAUAAAACGAUUUUAAAUUUAAAGAGAAUAAGCCGACCGGGUCUACGAAUCUAUUCUAACUCUCAACGAAUUCCACGAAUUUUAGGCGGAAUAGGAAUUGUAAUCCUUUCAACUUCUCAAGGUAUAAUGACAGAUCGAGAAGCUCGACUAAAAAGAAUCGGCGGAGAAAUUUUGUGUUAUAUAUGGUAAUCCUUCUAAUAUCAAAAUUGGAUAUCCGGAACUUAGCAUUUGUGAAAAAAAAGGGGGGGGGGUUGUGUAAUACCACCCCUGCUAAAAAAGUUUAGAAUUUUUUACCCCGAAUGAAAUUAAAGAAAAAAAUGAAUUAAUGAAAGUUUUCUUUAUGAAUCACUUCCGAACGGUAUGGUUCGAUUUUGUUUAGAUACUAAAGAUUUUUUUUAUUUUAGGUCAUGCUUCUGAAAGGAUUCGACAUAUUUUUGUAUAGGUAUACCUAUAGGAGAAAAAGGGGGGUAAAAAUUUUAGUAAGUUCUUAGGUAUUAAGUUAAUCGGGGAACAGCCACUUUCUAGACUCCAUAACAAGGAUUCAAAUAAGUCAGUGGUUUUUUGAAAUUCAACAUUCCUUUCACGAAGAUACAAUUCAAGAUUCAAAAAUAUCAAGAAACCUUUUUUUCGUCCAACAAUAAGUAUAUUAAGAGAAUUAAGGAAUAACAACUAUGAAAAUAAGGGCUUCCGUUCGUAAAAUUUGUGAAAAGUGUCGGCUAAUCCGUAGGAGGGGACGAAUUAUAGUAAUUUGUUCCAACCCGAGGCAUAAACAAAGACAAGGAUAAUCUUACUAAAGGAAAAGGCACUUCCAAGGAGCUAGUAAAAAAAAGGUCCGUUUUGACAUGAAAUGGAUAUAUCCAUAUAUUUCUUGUGAAAUGAAAAAAUAUGGCAAAACCUAUAUUAAGAAUUGGUUCACGUAAAAAUACCCGUAGUGGUUCACGUAAAAAUGUACGUAGAAUACCAAAGGGAGUUAUUCAUGUUCAAGCAAGUUUCAACAAUACCAUUGUGACCGUUACAGAUGUACGGGGUCGGGUGAUUUCUUGGUCCUCCGCGGGUACUUGUGGAUUCAGGGGUACAAGAAGAGGAACACCUUUUGCUGCUCAAACCGCAGCAGGAAAUGCUAUUCGAGCAGUAGUGGAUCAAGGUAUGCAACGAGCUGAAGUAAGGAUAAAAGGCCCUGGACUAGGAAGAGAUGCAGCAUUACGAGCUAUUCGUAGAAGCGGUAUACUUUUAAGUUUCGUACGAGAUGUAACCCCUAUGCCACAUAAUGGUUGUAGACCCCCUAAAAAACGACGUGUAUAGAACUAAAUAAAGGCUGAAAGGGUUUCAAGAGAAAUAAAUGAUUCAAUGAUCUGAUCAAAUAAAAUUACUAUGGUUCGAGAGAAAGUCAAAGUAUCUACUCGGACACUACAGUGGAAGUGUGUUGAAUCAAGAAGAGACAGUAAGCGUCUUUAUUAUGGACGCUUUAUUCUGUCUCCACUUAUGAAAGGUCAAGCCGACACAAUAGGCAUUGCGAUGCGAAGAGCUUUACUUGGCGAAAUAGAAGGAACAUGUAUUACACGUGCAAAAUCUGAGAACAUACCACAUGACUAUUCUAACAUAGUCGGUAUUCAAGAAUCAGUACAUGAAAUUUUAAUGAAUUUGAACGAGAUUGUAUUAAAAAGUAAUCUAUAUGGAACGCGCAACGCGCUUAUUUGUGUCCAAGGUCCCGGAUAUAUAACUGCUCGAGACAUAGUUUUACCGCCCUCUGUGGAAAUCGUUGAUAAUACACAGCAUAUAGCUACCUUAACGGAACCAAUAAAUUUGUGUAUUGGAUUAAAAAUCGAGAGGAAUCGCGGAUAUAGUUUAAAAAUGUCAAAUAACUUUGAAGACCGAAGUUAUCCUAUAGAUGCUGUAUUCAUGCCUGUUCAAAAUGCGAAUCAUAGUAUUCAUUCUUAUGGGAAUGGGAAUGAAAAACAAGAGAUUCUUUUUCUAGAAAUAUGGACAAAUGGAAGUUUAACUCCUAAAGAAGCACUUCAUGAAGCCUCCCGGAAUUUGAUUAAUUUAUUUAUUCCUUUUCUACAUGUAGAAGAAGAAACGUUCUAUUUAGAGAACAAUCAACAUCAAGUUACUUUACCCCUUUUUCCUUUUCAUAAUAGAUUAGUUAACCUAAGAAAAAAAAAAAAAGAACUAGCGUUUCAAUAUAUUUUUAUUGACCAAUUAGAAUUGCCUCCCAGAAUCUAUAAUUGUCUCAAAAAGUCCAAUAUACAUACAUUAUUGGAUCUUUUGAAUAACAGUCAAGAAGACCUUAUCAAAAUGGAACAUUUUCACAUAGAAGAUGUAAAAAAGAUAUUAGACAUUUUAGAAAAAAAAUAAAAAAAGCAUUAAAAAAAAUUUGACUAAAAAGUCAAUUUAAAAUUGAAAUGGAUUUUAAACCUUCAACGUAAUUUCGAUUUUCCAGUCAAACCUAUUUUACUUAAUAAAAUUAAUUUAGAUAUGUAUCUAGGGAGAAUUCAUUUUGAAAUGACUACUCCCUAGAUACCCACGCCUUUUAUUUUACAAUUGAAUAAAUUUAAUUAAAAAAGACCUAAAGUUAGAGAUUUAUCAAUUGGUAAUGUUGCUCCAAUACCUAACCACAGGGCCACCACGGUGCCAAUCAAAAAGACGGUUGUCGCGACUGGACGACGAAAUGGAUUUUGGAACUUAUUAACAUUUUCCAAAAAGGGUACGGUUAAUAAUCCCGCCGGUACUGAAGCCAUUAAAAGAACACCCAAUAAUUUGUUAGGCACUGUACGAAGUAUUUGAAAUACAGGAAAGAAAUACCAUUCAGGUAAUAUUUCCAAAGGAGUUGCAAAAGGAUCCGCAGGUUCACCAAUCAUUGAUGGUUCUAAAACCGCUAAGCCUACGUUACAGGCAAUGGUACCAAGAAUGACUACUGGAAAAAUAUAUAAAAGAUCAUUGGGCCAUGCGGGCUCUCCGUAAUAAUUAUGACCCAUACCUUUAGCUAAUUUAGCUCGUAAUACAGGAUCAUUCAAAUCUGGUUUUUUUGUUACUCCCAUAAUCCAUUUUCUCUUCAUAGAAUUCCCUUCAACUUUUUAUGUCAAAAAAAUAAUACAAUAUUGUGGAGUUGAAGGGAAAUAUCCAAAUACAUGUCUUAUUUUUUUAAUAAUCCAUAUUUAUAGCAAUAAAAUACGAUUGUUCCUUCACCAAGUAAUAAGAUAAAUUAGUAAUUAAAAAUAUCUAGAAUCUAUAUUAUUUAUAAGGGACCAGAAAUACCUUGCUUACGUAUCAUUAAGAAAUGCAUUAACAUAAAUACAGCCGUAAGAAGAGGUAAUACAAAAGUGUGUAAACUAUAAAAACGAGUCAAAGUGGAUUGUCCAACACUAGCACUUCCGCGUAAUAAUU